AUGAAUAAAAAAAUCUUUAUGCUCUCUAUGAUGAUACUAUUAAUUGAAUCAUAAUUUAGUAGAGAAAAAUGUACCUGCUAAGAAUUGCUAUCAGAAGAUGAUUGCAUAAAUAAUAUCACAACUAAAUGUUCUUGGGACGGAAAAAAUAGCUAAUGCAAUAUUUUUACUACAACCGAUAAGCCAAUCAAGAAAUAUAUAUAAUAUUGUGAUUCUUAUAAUGAGAAUGAUUGUCCUUAAAAAUUAGGUUGCGCUUGGUUGUCUAACAAAUGUAUACUUUUUACAGGUUGUACAGCCUAUGAUAAGAAAGAUAAUUCUGAAUGUUAAGCAAUAAAUAGAAGAUGUAUAUCUGAUGGAACUCAUUGCGUUGAGAUUGAUGCUUGCUAUACUUAUAAAAAAUAGAUCUCAUGUGUCAAAAAUGCAAAUAAAAAAUUUUGCUAUUGGAAUUCUUAAAAUAAUAGUUGUGUUGAUGCUAGUACUUGUGAUAAAUUACCAAAAAUAUUUGCAAUAGAUAAAGAAUGCAGGGAUGUUAUUUCAAUUUGUACUGUAAUUCCCUCUGGUGGAUGUGUCGACAGCGGAAAUGAAUGCAGCGAUUAAAAAUUAGAAAUUCAAUGUUUUUGGAAUAAAUUACAAACUAUUGCUUGUUAUUGGGAUGGUUUUGCGUGUAUAGAUAGAAUUUGUGAAAAUGCACCAUCUAGUUUUACAACUGAUGAUGCUUGUAUUACAUUUAGAACUGAUGGAACCUGCACUACAAAAGCAAAUGGAGGAUGUGUGACAAGAACUACAUGUGCUGAUGCAAAAAUUAAAGAAUCAUGCAUCAAAAAUAGUUCAGGUGAUGAUUGUUAUUGGACAGGAACUACUUGUAUCGAUAAAACAUGUACAAAUGCUCCAACUACCAUGACAACUAAUUUAGAAUGUGCAGGAUUUGUAACAGGAUGUAUCACUAAAUUAUAUGGUGGUUGUGUUGCUAAUGGAACUUGUUCUGUUGCUAGUGUUCAAGCAGCUUGUGUUAAAAAUUCAAACAAUUUCGAUUGCAUUUGGGAUUCAAAUUGUAAAGAAAAAACAUGUGCCAAUGCCCCUACAAAAAAUAACACUCAUGAUUUAUGUGCAUCUUAUUUAUCUAUUUGUACCGUUAAGUCAGGUGGUGGAUGUUAAAAUAGAACAUGUGCCAACGCUCCAACAACUAUGACUACCAAUGAUGCAUGUGAAGCUUAUCUAACUGGAAAUAAUUGUAUAACAAAAUCAGGAGGUGGAUGUGUUACAAAUACAACAUGUGCUGCAAUAACUUUAGAAGUUGCUUGUGUUAAGAAUUCUUCUGGAUCAACUUGUUUCUGGGAUCCUGAAAAUUCAAGAUGUAAAGAUAAAACAUGUGUGAAUGCUCCAGCUGAUAACACUACUCAUGAUCUCUGCUAAGCAUUCUUAAAUACUUGUACAGUAAAUUCAACAAGUGCAGGAUGUGUUGAAAAAACAUGUGAAAAUUCAUUAGCAUAAUCUUAUUGUGAUAAUGAUACAAGCCAUAGAACAUGUAUUUGGAAAGGAAAAUGUUAUAAGAAUUAAUGUGCUUUUGCAUCAUCCUUUAUAACAACUUAUGCUGGCUGUUAAGCUUAUCAUCCCUCUUGUACUUUAAGCAAUUCAGGUACUGGGUGUGUUCCACUCCCACUUAAAUGCGAAGCUAUCACUAUUGAAGCAGCUUGUUAAAUGUAAUCUAAUAAGAAACCAUGCGGAUGGAAUGGAUCUUAAUGUAUUGAUAAGGGUUGUUCAACUGCAUCAAAGACAUUCACAACUACUUCAGAAUGCAAUGAAUACUUAUCAAUUUGUGUUGCUAAUAAUCCUAUAAUUGUUAAUGGAUUUUUAACAAUUGAAGGAUGUUAAAAUUUACCAAAAUCUUGUACAUUUAGAAAAUCUAUUGAAAAUUGUGAAAUUUCAAGAUUUGGAUACCCAACCUGUCUGUGGGAUUCAUUCACUGAAUAGUGUGUUGAAAAAUCUUGUGCAACAGCUAGUAAUUAGGGAACAGCUGGAUCACUAUAAGGAGAAUUUACUGUUUAUAAUUGCAGAACAUAUCUAAAUACUUGUAUUUCAAAUAAUUCUGCUGAUGGAUGUAUAGUUAAACCAUUUAGUUGUUCAUCAUUAGUUUUAUCUAAUUGUUAAAUUGGAUCUAAAUAAAGUGGAGAUUGUUAUUGGAAUGGCAAUAGUUGUGUUGAUAGAAUUUGUACAAAUAUUAUCCAAACUACACAUGCUAAUUGUAAUGCUGUAUAUUAUCCAUGCACAGUUAAUAAUUUAGGAACUGCUUGUUAACCACUAGCAACUAACUGUACAUCUUAUUUAAGCUAAGAAAAUUGUAAAAUAACAGAAAAAUAAGAAUAUUGUAUUUGGACUGGAUUCUCUUGCAGAAAUGCCACUUGUGCUGAUGCUCCAGAUUCUUCAUCAUAUGAUAGUGAUUCAGAAUGCUUUGCUUACCCUACACCAAGUGAAAAAUGUACAGUCAUCUACAAAGUUGGAGCUUAAGGAUGUGUAAAAAAAUAGGCAAAUUGUUCUGAUUAUAAGACAUAAUCCUAGUGCCAUAAAACUAUCACAAAUUUAACAGUUGAUGAUGAUUGUAAAUGGGUUAUUGAUAAAUGUUAUGAAUUAUCCAUUUUCACUUUUGGAACAUGCAGAUAAUUCAAGGGCACAUAGAGAAUGUGUCAAGAAUAUAAAGAUUGAUGUACAAAUAUAUUUAGUGCAGAAUCUUCAGUUACUUGUACCUUUGAUUGUAAUUUAAAAAGAGGAUCAGGUUUAACAUUUGCAGAUUGUUAAGCAUUAGAUUAUACAUGUUCAGUCAAAAAAGAUGGGUCUGGUUGUAUUUAUAUAUAAUCUACUUGUUAUGGAUAUGAAUCAUAAAUAAUAAAUUGUUUUAGAUCUAGUGCAAGUGCAAAUGCAGGAUAUUGUGUAAUGAAUGAUUUUUAAUAAUGUCAACCUGUGAAUUAGGCCUCAGAAUGUAGAUAUAUAACUGGAUUAAUUGAUAUGGAUCAUCGUAAAUGUUAAUUAUAUCACUUUGAUUGUACAGCUUUAAAUGAUGGAACUGGAUGUUAGGAGUAUAAGAGUAGAUGCUCUGAUUAUGAAACUGCAAACAAUUGUUCUAUUUCUGUAUAAGGCAAAUGUUUCUUUGAUGGUAUCUAUUGUGUACGUUUUUCAAAUUGUGCUUCAAUUAUUGGAAUAGGAUUAAAUAAUACUAUUUGUUCAUCUUAUCACCCAGGUUGUACUGCAUAUGCUAAUGGAAUAGAUUGUUAAGAAAAAAUGCCAGUUUGUGAUCUUUAUUUUACACAAAAUUCCUGUACUAUAUCAUAAGCUGUAGCACCAACAGAUAAAUGUGUUUGGACUGGAACUUAAUGUAUUUCAAUUAGUACUGUUGCUACAGAUUGUGCUUAUGUUACAGGCUAUGAACUUACAGAUGAAAUAUGUGCCUCAUAUAAUUUAAAUUGUACAGUGAAUAGAUAUGGAACAGCAUGCCAAGAAAAGAAAGCAACAUGCUAUGAUUAUGCAGCAGAUUAUGUAGCUUGUUCAAUAUCAGCAGCCUUACCAGCAAAUAAAUGUGCUUGGACUGGAACAGCUUGUAUUUCAAUUUAAAAUUACAACAUUGCUGAUUGUACUUAUGUUACUGGAUAUGAACUUACAGAUGAAAUAUGUGCCUCAUAUAAUUUAAAUUGUACAGUGAAUAGAUAUGGAACAGCAUGCCAAGAAAAGAAAGCAACAUGCUAUGAUUAUGCAGCAGAUUAUGUAGCUUGUUCAAUAUCAGCAGCCUUACCAGCAAAUAAAUGUGCUUGGACUGGAACAGCUUGUAUUUCAAUUUAAAAUUACAACAUUGCUGAUUGUACUUAUGUUACUGGAUAUGAACUUACAGAUGAAAUAUGUGCCUCAUAUAAUUUAAAUUGUACAGUGAAUAGAUAUGGAACAGCAUGCCAAGAAAAGAAAGCAACAUGCUAUGAUUAUGCAGCAGAUUAUGUAGCUUGUUCAAUAUCAGCAGCCUUACCAGCAAAUAAAUGUGCUUGGACUGGAACAGCUUGUAUUUCAAUUUAAAAUUACAACAUUGCUGAUUGUACUUAUGUUACUGGAUAUGAACUUACAGAUGAAAUAUGUGCCUCAUAUAAUUUAAAUUGUACAGUGAAUAGAUAAGGAACAGCAUGCCAAGAAAAGAAAGCAACAUGCUAUGAUUAUGCAGCAGAUUAUGUAGCUUGUUCAAUAUCAGCAGCCUUACCAGCANUCUUUUGGAACAUGCAGAUAAUUCAAGGGCACAUAGAGAAUGUGUCAAGAAUAUAAAGAUGGAUGUACAAAUAUAUUUAGUGCAGAAUCUUCAGUUACUUGUACCUUAGAUUGUAAUUUAAAAAGAGGAUCAGGUUUAACAUUUGCAGAUUGUUAAGCAUUAGAUUAUACAUGUUCAGUCAAAAAAGAUGGGUCUGGUUGUAUUUAUAUAUAAUCUACUUGUUAUGGAUAUGAAUCAUAAAUAAUAAAUUGUUUUAGAUCUAGUGCAAGUGCAAAUGCAGGAUAUUGUGUAAUGAAUGAUUUUUAAUAAUGUCAACCUGUGAAUUAGGCCUCAGAAUGUAGAUAUAUAACUGGAUUAAUUGAUAUGGAUCAUCGUAAAUGUUAAUUAUAUCACUUUGAUUGUACAGCUUUAAAUGAUGGAACUGGAUGUUAGGAGUAUAAGAGUAGAUGCUCUGAUUAUGAAACUGCAAACAAUUGUUCUAUUUCUGUAUAAGGCAAAUGUUUCUUUGAUGGUAUCUAUUGUGUACGUUUUUCAAAUUGUGCUUCAAUUAUUGGAAUAGGAUUAAAUAAUACUAUUUGUUCAUCUUAUCACCCAGGUUGUACUGCAUAUGCUAAUGGAAUAGAUUGUUAAGAAAAAAUGCCAGUUUGUGAUCUUUAUUUUACACAAAAUUCCUGUACUAUAUCAUAAGCUGUAGCACCAACAGAUAAAUGUGUUUGGACUGGAACUUAAUGUAUUUCAAUUAGUACUGUUGCUACAGAUUGUGCUUAUGUUACAGGCUAUGAACUUACAGAUGAAAUAUGUGCCUCAUAUAAUUUAAAUUGUACAGUGAAUAGAUAUGGAACAGCAUGCCAAGAAAAGAAAGCAACAUGCUAUGAUUAUGCAGCAGAUUAUGUAGCUUGUUCAAUAUCAGCAGCCUUACCAGCAAAUAAAUGUGCUUGGACUGGAACAGCUUGUAUUUCAAUUUAAAAUUACAACAUUGCUGAUUGUACUUAUGUUACUGGAUAUGAACUUACAGAUGAAAUAUGUGCCUCAUAUAAUUUAAAUUGUACAGUGAAUAGAUAAGGAACAGCAUGCCAAGAAAAGAAAGCAACAUGCUAUGAUUAUGCAGCAGAUUAUGUAGCUUGUUCAAUAUCAGCAGCCUUACCAGCAAACAAAUGUUUUUGGACUGGAACAGCUUGUAUUUCAAUUUAAAAUUACAACAUUGCUGAUUGUGCUUAUGUUACUGGAUAUGAACUUACAGAUGAAAUAUGUGCCUCAUAUAAUUUAAAUUGUACAGUGAAUAGAUAUGGAACAGCAUGCCAAGAAAAGAAAGCAACAUGCUAUGAUUAUGCAGCAAAUUAUAUAGCUUGCUCAAUAUCAGCAGCUGCAUCAACAGCCAAUAAAUGUGUUUGGACUGGAACUUAAUGUAUUUCAGUUAUUACCACUGCUGUCGAGUGUGCAUAUAUUACUGAAUAUGAACUCACAGAUGAAAUAUGUGCCUCAUAUAAUCCAGGUUGUACAGUAAAUAGGUAUGGAACAGAAUGCCAAGAAAAGAAAGCAACAUGCGUUGCUUAUGCAGCAAAUUAUAUAGCUUGUUCAAUAUCAGCAGCUGCAUCAACAGCCAAUAAAUGUGUUUGGACUGGAACUUAAUGUAUUUCAGUUAUUACCACUGCUGUCGAGUGUGCAUAUAUUACUGAAUAUGAACUCACAGAUGAAAUAUGUGCCUCAUAUAAUCCAGGUUGUACAGUAAAUAGGUAUGGAACAGAAUGCCAAGAAAAGAAAGCAACAUGCGUUGCUUAUGCAGCAAAUUAUAUAGCUUGUUCAAUAUCAGCAGCUGCAUCAACAGCCAAUAAAUGUGUUUGGACUGGAACUUAAUGUAUUUCAGUUAUUACCACUGCUGUCGAGUGUGCAUAUAUUACUGAAUAUGAACUCACAGAUGAAAUAUGUGCCUCAUAUAAUCCAGGUUGUACAGUAAAUAGGUAUGGAACAGAAUGCCAAGAAAAGAAAGCAACAUGCGUUGCUUAUGCAGCAAAUUAUAUAGCUUGUUCAAUAUCAGCAGCUGCAUCAACAGCCAAUAAAUGUGUUUGGACUGGAACUUAAUGUAUUUCAGUUAUUACCACUGCUGUCGAGUGUGCAUAUAUUACUGAAUAUGAACUCACAGAUGAAAUAUGUGCCUCAUAUAAUCCAGGUUGUACAGUAAAUAGGUAUGGAACAGAAUGCCAAGAAAAGAAAGCAACAUGCGUUGCUUAUGCAGCAAAUUAUAUAGCUUGUUCAAUAUCAGCAGCUGCAUCAACAGCCAAUAAAUGUGUUUGGACUGGAACUUAAUGUAUUUCAGUUAUUACCACUGCUGUCGAGUGUGCAUAUAUUACUGAAUAUGAACUCACAGAUGAAAUAUGUGCCUCAUAUAAUCCAGGUUGUACAGUAAAUAGGUAUGGAACAGAAUGCCAAGAAAAGAAAGCAACAUGCGUUGCUUAUGCAGCAAAUUAUAUAGCUUGUUCAAUAUCAGCAGCUGCAUCAACAGCCAAUAAAUGUGUUUGGACUGGAACUUAAUGUAUUUCAGUUAUUACCACUGCUGUCGAGUGUGCAUAUAUUACUGAAUAUGAACUCACAGAUGAAAUAUGUGCCUCAUAUAAUCCAGGUUGUACAGUAAAUAGGUAUGGAACAGAAUGCCAAGAAAAGAAAGCAACAUGCGUUGCUUAUGCAGCAAAUUAUAUAGCUUGUUCAAUAUCAGCAGCUGCAUCAACAGCCAAUAAAUGUGUUUGGACUGGAACUUAAUGUAUUUCAGUUAUUACCACUGCUGUCGAGUGUGCAUAUAUUACUGGAUAUGAACUCACAGAUGAAAUAUGUGCCUCAUAUAAUCCAGGUUGUACAGUAAAUAGAUAAGGAACAGCAUGCCAAGAGAAACUAACCACUUGUGAACAAUACAUAACAUAAUUUAAUUGUUCAAUAUCAACAUUAAGUAAAUGUGUUUGGACAGGAUAUUAAUGUAUUUCUGUUACUAAUGUUGCUACUGAUUGUGCAUAUAUUACUGGAAAUCGACUUACAGAUACAAUUUGCGCCUCAUAUCAUCUUGGUUGUACUAGUCUAAAAGAUGGUACUGGUUGUUAAGAAGCAAAACCGAAUUGUAGGGAUUAUACUUCAUUCAAUAAAUGCUUUUUAUAAACAACUGGCUUUCCUUCAUGUAUUUGGAUUGAUUACUCUUGCUAUCCCAUCACUGAUGCAAAUUGUAGUGUAAUAACAGGAUAUGGACUUGAUCAUGCUCAAUGCUAAGCCUACAGCACAGGUUGUACAUCUGUUUCUGAUGGAAGUAAAUGUUAAGACUUUAAAUCAACUUGUGAAUAAUAUCCAGGUACAACUCUAGGAUGCACUAAAUAUCCUUAAAAAUGUUAUUUAUACGGUUCUACUUGUAUCGCUAUUUAAAAUGUUCAUACUGAUUGCGCUAAAAUAACUGGGUCUGCUGGAGCUAUAACAUACGAAAUUUGCUAAUCGUAUAAUUCAGGUUGUAGCGUAAAUAGAGCAAGAAGUGCUUGUGUCUAAUAAUAAGCAUAAUGUUCAGGAUAUACUAGUGCGAUGACAAGUUGUUAUAAAUCAGGAGCUGGUCUAUGUAUUGCAAGUACAAAUACAGAUACUGCUUGUGUAGCUGCAACAGCCGCAACAACUUGCGAUGCUGUGUAUUUAGGAUCAGGAAAUUACAGCAGUGCCAAUUGUAAUGAAAUGAAGGCGGGAUGUACAAAUAAUGGAGCAACUGCAUGUGUAGCAAAAACUUGUACAAAUGCUGUGGUUACAUUUAAUCAUACAAAUUGCAAUAGUUAUCUCAACACCUGUACUGUAAAUUCUGGAAAUAGCGCAUGCCAAACUAUGGCAUCUAAAUGUGCAGAUUAAACUCAAGCUUCUUGCCUUUACUCAGUUGAAGGAGAAUGUGUAGUAGUAGGUACUUCAUGUGUAAGAAAGACUUGUGAUACUGCAGCAACUGAUGCUACUCGGGAUGAUGACAAUGAAUGUUCGUCCUACUUGUAGUCUUGUACUGUUGCUAGAUUAGGAGGUUGCCAAGCCAGAGCGGCUUGCUCUUCUUAUAUAUCUUUCCUCUAAUGUAAAUUUAAUACUAGUGGUGGAAAAUGUUUCUGGAAUCCUACUCAAAAGAGUUGUGUUGAUUUGAAUUGUGGUAAUAUUGAAGCCACAACUUUAUACGAUACUCAUAAUGAAUGUGUUGUUGUUGAUGAAAUACUUGCUUGUACAGUAAGAGCUAGAGAUGGAGCUACCAUUUAAGGGUGUAUGUCUAGAGGAGCAUGCAGUUCAUAUACUAUUGAAGAACAAUGUAAAACAAAUUUAAGUAAUGGUAUUUGUGUUUGGAAUACAAAUGCAAAUUUACCAGCACCUGUUUGCUAAGAUAAGUCUUGUAACACUGCUCCAAUAUACUAUGCAACUCAUGAUGAUUGUUAUGCUUAUUAUGAAACUGCAACAGUAAAGUGUACUGUUUUUGCCACUCCUAGUAAUAGUGGUGAUAGACCAAUUUUAGAAGGAUGUUAAUAGACUACUGCUUGUUCAAGUUAUAUUGAUAAAGAAUAAUGUUAAAUCAACGCCAAUGGAGAUCCAUGUGGAUGGAAUGGAACAUCAUGUGCUGACAAAUCUUGCAAUACUGCUCCUAUAGAUUAUGAUGAUGAUACUAAAUGUAGAGAAUAUAUUACUAAUAAAUGUACAGUCUCAGAUACUGGAUAUGGAUGUGUAGAUAUUCCUGUAACUUGUGAGACAAUGAAAUAGAAUUAAUGUUAUUAUAAUAAAGCUGGAGAUCCUUGCUAUUGGACAGGAAUAGAAUGUAUUAAAAGAUCAUGUGAAAAUGCUCCAGAGGGAACAAUUACUGCAGAUGAUUGUAAUAAAUAUUUAACUGGAUGUACUUUAGAUAAUAUAAAAUGUAAGACAAAAAUUUGUGAAGAUUUUGAAUUUGGUACUGAUUAUUUAUGUAAAUAAUCUAUUUCUACAUGUACAACAAAUGGAAAGAAUUGUGUUACAAGAGGAUCAUGUUUAUAGGCUUUAGAUAAAGCUGGAUGUAUCCUUUCAUCAACAGGGGAAUAAUGUGAAUGGAUUCCUGAUAAUGACAUUAAUUCAGCAUAUUGUACCAUAAAGACUUGUUCUACAGCAUCAGAUUCUUUGAUAACAGAAGAAUAAUGUUAAUAAUAUUUUCGUAAUUGUACAACCAAAAAAGGUGGAGGAUGUAUUGAAAAAUCAAGUUGUGCUAAUGCUAAUGUUGAAAGUGCUUGCACAACUGCAUUUAAUGGUUAGAUAUGUGUAUGGGAUUCCAUUAAAUAAUUAUGUAGAGAUUAUGAUUGUUAAGAUAUAGAUGGAACACUACAUGAUGCUUGUCAAUCAAGAAAAAGUGAUUGUACUGCAGGACUUAAUGGAAGAUGUGCAAAAAUCUAAAAUUGUGAAUAAACUAAUGUUAGAGCUGCUUGUAUUGUAGGAUUGAAUGGACCAUGUUUAUGGAUAGAUCAAUAUAUAAAUUAAGAUGAUUCUAAAGGGGCUUGUUUCUAGUAUACUUCUUGUUAAAGUUUAAGUUGGAAAACUGAUUAAUAAUGUAAAUAAAUUAAUGAUCAAUGUACAACUGAUGGAUCAAAGUGUGUAGCAAUUACUUUAUGUUCAGAAACUAAUAUUAAUGGAGGUUGUGUCACAGGAUAUGAUGGAAUUUGUGUAUAAUCAGUCCUAGAAUUAAAUUCUCUAGAAUCAGCAGUUUGUUAACCAUAUAAAUCUUGUGAGAAAGUUUUCUACAUAACUCAUGAAUAAUGUUAAUAAGCUAAUAGAAAUUGUACUACAAAUGGAAAAACUAGUUGUAUAGAUUUAACUGAAUGUUAAUUAUAUUAAUCUUAAGUUGGAUGUGUUAUAAAUAAAACUGGUCUUAAUGUUUAAUCUGGAAUUGUAAAGUCAACUGGACUAUGUACUUGGGAUGCAAAAAAUAAUUAGUGUAGAGAUUAAGAUUGUUCUGAUUAUAUCAGAACCACCCAUCGAGAAUGCUUUGGAAUAUUAUCAACCUGUACUUCAAAUGGAGAAACUUGUAUUAAACAAGAAUUAUGUUCAUCUUACACCACCUAAGUUAUUUGUGAAACUGCUGUUGGCUCUGAUGGUAUUUGCUUUUGGGAAUAUGCAUCAUUAAAAAAUAAUAAUAAUGCCACUUGUAGAUUACUUAUUUGUCAAGAUAUUUAAAACAGUUUAUCAAAUAAUGUAUGUUUAGCUUCUUCACUUUCUUGUGUUAUAGAUAAUGAUAAUAUUUGUAUUCCAAAAGCAAAUUGUUCUACUUAUACUUCUAAAUCAGCUUGUAACUAUGGAGGAUUAGAUGGAAUUUGUGUUUUCAAAUAAUAAAAUGGUAUAAAUUCUAUUUCUGGAAUUGGAACAUGUACUUUAAUGAGAGACUGUAGUGCAGCCAAUGAUGAUUAGAAUGCUUGUUAAGCAGCAAAAGAUAGAUGCUUAUGGAUACCAGAAUUGAUAAUAUAAGGUCUUGCUACUCCAAGUAAAUGUUCUGCUCUUGAUUGUACUUUAAAUUGGGCAAAAAAUGGUUAUUGCAAUAGAAUUUUAAAUUGGGAUAAAAAAUCCUAGUAAAUGUGUAAACUUAUAAAUGGAACUUGUGUUUCCAUAAAUCCUAUUGAUCUUUCAUUUAAUGAGUGUUUAAAGAUUUCUGGUUAUACAUACACUUGGAAUGCUUCUAAAAAUUAAUGUUAGGUUUGUAAAUCUUCAGAGUCAAACAGUAAUCAAAAUAAUGUAACAGUGAUAUAACAAAAGAAUGAAAAGACAGAAUCAACAUCUUCUAACUAAAUUUUAAGUAUAAUUGGUUUAAUGGUUAUAGAUUAUCUAAUAUGA